AUCGAUAUUUUCCUAUCGUUACGCCUACCCUAGUAUCAUGUCAUUGUCAAAUAAAGUUUUUUUCUUACGUCGUAUCUUAGAAGAAAAUAUUUUUAUUUACUUGAAAAUAAAUUUAAAAUGUCCACAUCAAUAAGUUUCCUUUAUAUGUGAUAAAAUAUUUUUAACAUGUCUCUAACUUACAGAUUAUUCUGUAGAAACUAUAACUACAUCAGCAAUCUAACCAAACCGGUGAAAUCGGGUAUUGCGCGAUCGCAUAAUCAUUCACUACGAUAUUUUACCUGUACUAGUUAUCGAAAUAUCACCAUAAAUAAACCUAUAUUAGAUAUAAGUCCAAUAAAAUCCGUGUCGGUAUCUCUUAAACAAUUUUCUACUCAAAAUGAAACGAGCAAAUCUUCAUCAGAGCCAGAAGAAAAGAAACCAGGUCUGAUACAAAAGUUUAAGCAAAUGUAUAGAGACUACUGGUACGUCUUAGUACCAGUACAUAUGGCUACUUCAGCAAUCUGGUUUGGUGGCUUUUACUAUGCGGUACGAAGUGGCUUCGAUGUUUUGGGGAUGUUGGAGGCAUGGGGUGUAAAGGAGUCAUUAAUAGCACCCCUACGAGAUUCAAGUGCUGGAUAUUUUGCAUUAGCAUUUGCUCUCUACAAGAUAGCUACACCAUUAAGAUAUGCAGUCACAGUUGGUGGCACUACUUUCGCUAUAAAUAAAUUAACUGCAGUAGGCUGGAUCAGACCGGUACCUUCUAGGGAGCGCAUCAAAGAGAUGUUUCAAGAGAAAAAAGACAAUUUACAAGACAGAUUCAUUGAAAGUAAACAACAUUAUCAGAGUCAGAUAAAAGAAAAACGGAACCACAUGAUGGAUGAAAUGCGACGAUAUAAAACAGAAAUGAGAAACAUGAAAGAUAAGGUGAAAAAGGCCUGACUAUAAAUGACUUCAUUAUUUCUUAUAGGAGUGAUGUACCUUCUUCAUGAUAUACACACAGACUAGUAAAAUAAAAUAUCAAUAAAUUGCUACAAUUUAAUCCACUUCAACAUCUAAAGAUCUCAUGAUAUAAUAGUCUGAUCUUUAGCGUGAUUUUAUAUCUGCUACACUCAUGAUCUACAUGAGGAAAAGAUUCAACAUCCUUUUCAAUCUGAAAUAAGUUGUUCCUGUUUUAAUUGAUGGUUGAUUAAUGGAUUGUUAAUAUUUCAAGAGAAUUUGAUUCAUUGACUUAGACAUCAAGCUGUAGCAUAAAGAGUAUUUAUAUAAAAUAUAAAGAGUAUUUAUAAAUUUUGAAGAAUUUAUUGUUUAAAAUAUUUAUAUAUAAAAAUUAUUACUUAAACAAACAUUUUUAUUACAAAAAAAAUCACAUUUCUUCAUCAAAAUGUACAGAUACAAUCAACUUUAAAAGCUUAAGUACACAACAGGACAGCACAUGACUGGAAUGUAUUGUGUAAAUUCUCUUAAAAAUAAAAUUUGCUUUGUGACCCUUGUAAAAAAAAUAUAUAGGUAGAUACCAGGUGUGCUGCCGUUGUCCAGCUGCUCGACCGCGUAACUUCUAAACCUGAUUGAUCUAUAAAAAUGAAGCCUUGGUUGAUCUGUCAGGCUAACAGAAUAGUCCUUCAAUUUAACAUUUAAAGUUACAAGCUACAUGUUAAUGGCAACGCCAAUAAUUAAAAAGAUCUUAUGUCUAACAGAUAGGGCUUCAUUUCGACAAAUCAAUCGGGGCUUUUACGUGCUAGAGCCGCAGUAUGAUCUUCGAUUAUUAUUAGUAAAUGCAGUUCUAAAUCUAAGUCGAUGUGUUGCUAAAUCUCCCCAUUUGUACCUCAUUUGAAAACAAGUUUAUGGUUAUCCACAAUGUAAACAGAUAGAUAUCAAAAAGCCAUCAUGAAAUUGGUCACUUGGCAAUUUUCGUAAAUCUAAGGUAGGAAUUAUAUCUAGCCCGCGCCGCAUGCUGUCACGUGUUGGUGA